UACAACAUUAAAUGUGUUUUUAAUGUCUAAAAUUUGUGAGUUCUUAAUAUAAUAUAGUUAAAAGCAAAAUAUGUUUUUACAUAUUUAUUUCAUGAGUUUAAGGUAUGGUCAAACCUAUCUACUAAGAUCAUGUUUCGAUCCCUUUGGAGAGAAAUGAAUCAAAUCUGUUUUCUUCUAAACAAUGUAAUACUUACGUGUACUUUAUAAACCUGUUGAAAUUACAAAUUCCAUAAAUUGAGUUUAUACUAUAAGGCUUUGUUUUGACAUGAACAAAAAAUCUAUACAUUAAUUUUUGGUAUUUUGAUUGAGGAUUCAAGCAACACGACCAAAUCUCAUAUACCAUUCUGAAUGUGGGUUUAAUACGGCCAAAAUCUCAAAUCAAUUGUCCACAUAUGUCAACUGUAACAGUUGCAAUAUUGGCACAUACGCACGAAGGACGAGUAUUCCAUAUGUCUAUCCAAUUGGAAUAUCAAUCCAAUAUUUCUUACGUUGCUUAAAAGCUUUGAGAACUGCAAUAUAGAACUCUAUCGUCCAUAAUCUAAUCAAAUUAUUUUUGAGAAUACUGAACAAUUGACAUGUUACUCUACAUCUACACCAUUAUUGCAUUCAGCGUUGCAAUACUUGGAUUAUCCUCAGCCAACAAACCUACGCUUCUAACUAGCUGCAAACAAAAUUCAGAUGAUUAUUCCGCUUGUUUAAAACGUGCUUUUGAAGAAGCAUGGCCGCGAUUUAUUGCAGGGAUGCCAGAAUUGAACUUUCCAUCUUUGGAUCCAUUAUCUUACAAAUAUGGUAAAGUUGUAUUUGAUUCAGGCGAUCUUAUACGUGCAGACGUUAUUUUGUCAAAUACCACUACUUCUGGUUUAUCGAAGGUUUAUAUUUUUGAUAUCAGAACACAUUUUCUUGAUGAUAUUUUCCGUUUGGAAAUUGACGUAAUAGCACCGAAACUAUUCAUAGAAGGUACCGUGAAUAUGAAUGGUACUCUGGGAAGUAUAUUCAAAAUUGCUAGUGAAGGUCCUUUUAAUUUAACUGCUGAUGAUGUGAGAGGAACAUGGGAUUUAACAGGGCAUGUAGUAAAUGACACAUGGAUUGUAGAACAUUUUCAUACGUUACCAUCAGUUAAAAAGCUUAAGCUAUAUUUUGAUUUUUUUCAAAACAACAAAGAAUUUAAUGAUCUUGCCGUAACUUUUGCGAACGAAUUCUGGCCAUCGUUAUAUCGAGUGAUGUUGCCAACAACGUCUAAUAUAUGGGAUCCAUGGUUAACUGAUAUUGCUAACAAGUUUUUUUCGAAAGUUUCCUUCUCAAAAGUAUUUCUAUAAAACUCAUAUAAUGAUUUACAAAGAGAUGUAAAAUCAUUGUUAAAUUUAAUGUGAUAAUUAUCUACGGCAAAAUUACGUGAGAUAGUAAUUUAUUAGUAAUUUUGAUAAAAUUCACUAUUAAAUUGAUGAGAAAAUCUAUUUUUGCUCCGCGGUAUCCAAAAAAUCGGUGCACACGUCACUUUUCUUAAAACAAAGAAGCGCAUAGAUCAAUUUUCGUAUAAAUUGGAAAACUCCAGAGCGCAGAAGGUCAGUCAUAAUUAGUCCGUUACUAAUGCUAACCUAUGAUUGUGUCAGCAGUCGCAGUCAUCUCUUAAAAUCAAUCAAACAUUUUUCAUGUACCACGAUUUCGAGAUUCUGCAGACUAUUUCGAAAUGGCUCUCGAGGGACGACCUACGCGGCCCACGAUCGCCUCCAGUUCCAUUCCAGUCUUCCUCUUUACCUAGUAUAAACGAGAUCUCUAUAUUCUUUAUUUCCCGUUCUAUCUUUAUAAUCGAGGAAUUAGAUAAUGAAGCUUAUAUGAUACAAAAGUUAAUCUAUCAUAACAUAAUUGAAUAGUUAUACUUAAAUAUGUACUUAUUAAUUAAUAAACAAUCUAACAUUUGUAAUACAAAGCCAAUAUACAUACAACUACGCUUUAUAAAUUGUAAUUUUUUUUAAUAAUAUAAAUAUUAAAAAUAA